CAUUAAACCGAAAGUAAAGUCAAAUGAGGAAAUAAAAAAAUCUCACCAGGCGGACGUGUGGCUCCGAGCGGAUUCGGUAGAAACUCCGGCUAAGAAAACUUAUCAUAUUUAUCUCGUAGUUUCUAUCUUUUGCUUCGUCAUGUCAAAGGCGUCGACUCUGAGAUUAAGCAGGGAGAAUGCGGGGAAGGUGGAAAACUUCAGACAGUCUCUGUUCCGUCAGGCAGAGGAUCUGUUCUGCAACUCCAUCCCGCUGAAGAUCAUCCAGCUGGACGCUCUGCUCAAGGAUGAGGCCCUCAGCAUCACAGACAUGUCCUCGCUGCAUGCUCCACUAGACAUCCCCAUCCCAGACCCUCCGGCCCCCGAAGACGAGGAAAUGGAGACCGACAAGAAUGAAGAAGAGGAGAAGAAGAAGAAGAAGAAAGCGCCGAAGUGCGGCUUCAUCAAGGGGAACGAGAAGAUCAUGAUGAUCCUGGACCGGGUGAAGCCGGAGAUCGUGGCCCUCAGAGAGACCAUCAUCGCUGUUUCCUGCUGGAUUCAGUAUCUCAUUCCAAAAAUAGAAGACGGAAAUGACUUUGGGGUCGCCAUCCAGGAGAAAAUCUUGGAGAGAAUCGCUGCAAUAAAAACCAAAGUUGAUGGUUUUCAGGGCUGCAUCAACAAGUACUUUUUGGAUCGGGGCGACACCAUCGGCAAAGCGUCCAAAGAAACCCACGUGAUGGAUUACCGCUUGCUGGUCCACGAGAAGGACGAGAGCAUCUACUGUGAGAUCAGGGUGAUCGUGCUCGACAUCCGCGGCUUCUACGCCGAGCUGUACGACAUCAUCUGCAAAAAUCUGGAGAAGGUGACCAACCCGAAGGGCGAGGAGAAGUCGCCUAUGUACUGAACCGGUUGGAGGAACCAGGGGGACAGAUUCUACAAUCCUCAAUCAACUCUCACUCACACUUAACUCAGUUCGACCUUCUUCAGUCCAGUUAGCAGCAGCUUUCAUCUCAGCUUUGUGUAACUCCACGUGUGGAUUGCUGUGUGAUUAAAUAAAGGAACAUUCAUUUGUGGGA